UUUCAUUGGACAAAUAGAGGUUUACUCGCUUUCUGCAUUUAAAUUGCAUAUAGUGUCAAAUUUUGCCAAAGGUGUUCUGUAUCGCUGCAACAUCUCAGCGGUGCCAUGUAGAUAAAUUGGGGUAAUCAUAUUUGUGGGAUGCAUGGUUGAUGUGUUUUGUGUUACUUAGAUCUCCCAUGCAACACUGCAGACAGCCACCAAUGGGAUUAACUAUCUUGCCGGCUGCCGGGCCUGGGCUGUUAUCUGGCUCGGUGCACAGCCUGCUUUGGGAGACAGGAGCCACUGAAGGGCUCAGAGGAUUACGAAACCCCUGAUGUUCAUGCAUGAUAUAGUAACAGGAGUCCCACCAUUAUGACAGACAUCUAGUUUUAACCUUGCAAAACGACCCAUGCAUGCCUUACCUACAUGCAUGCAGGCCGGUCUUACCAGCUUUGUUUCAGUAUAGUUUGUUUAUCCCUAAGCAAAUUGCUCUAAAUCAGGUCUGUAAUCUUUGAUUUAGUUGCGUUCCUCGUUUCUUGAAUAAUUUGUGGAUUUGCAUGCUUGAUGCACGUGCGUGGGUUUAUAUAUGUGUGUUUGUAGGAGGAUGAAGAUUGAUGGCAGAGUCAUUGGCCAGAGGCAAGUUCAAAGCCCCAUUUAUCAACGUCCUUCAGAGGUUGAAAACACAGAGGAGAGAUAGAUGGUUUCUGUCUUUCAGUCUAGGUUUUUAGUGGGAUUGUUCCGGUUGAAAAGUCACCCCCGCCUCUUUCCUCUACUCUAUAUGGAACCUGUGUGGAGGUAGAAGAGCACUAUGCCGUGGACAUUGAUGUGUACCAUUGUCCCAACUGUGAUGUCCUUCAUGGACCCUCCUUGAUGAAGAAGCGAAACAACUGGCACAGACACGAUUACACAGAGCCGGAUGAUGGCAGUAAGCCGGUGCAAGCCGGCACAUCUGUGUUUGUUCGGCAGCUACAGACCAGGACCUUCCCCAGUGGGGAUGAGAUCUUGCAACCCAUGCAGGGAAGUCAGGUCACCCAGCGAUAUCUGGAGCGACACGGCUUUCGCUAUCCCAUCGCCGUGCACAAAAUGGAAGGGCUUGGCCUCAGGUUACCUCCACCGGAUUUUUCUGUCAAGGAUGUUGAGCGCUAUGUCGGAGGCGACAAAGUGAUUGACGUCAUCGAUGUGGCCAGGCAAGCGGACAGCAAGAUUAAACUGAAGACGUUUGUGAAGUAUUACUACAGCUCUCAGCGGCCGAAAGUGCUAAACGUCAUCAGCCUGGAGUUUUCAGACACCAAGAUGUCCGAGCUGGUGGUGGUGCCCGAUAUCGCCCAGAAGAUGUCUUGGGUGGAGAAUUACUGGCCAGAUGACUCUUACUUUCCCAAGCCCUUCGUGCAGAAGUACUGCUUGAUGGGCGUGAAAGACAGCUAUACUGACUUCCAUAUUGAUUUUGGGGGCACGUCUGUAUGGUACCAUGUCCUGUGGGGGGAGAAAAUUUUUUACUUAAUAAAACCGUCCUCGACCAACCUUGCACUGUAUGAGGAGUGGAGCUCGUCCCCCAACCAGAGCGAAGUCUUCUUCGGAGACAAAGUGGACAAGUGUUACAAGUGUGUUGUGCGACCGGGAACGACGCUUCUGAUACCUACAGGAUGGAUCCAUGCGGUUCUCACCUCUCAAGACUGCAUGGCUUUUGGAGGGAACUUCCUUCACAACCUGAACAUAGGCAUGCAGCUCAGGUGUUAUGAGAUGGAGCGACGUUUGAAGACUCCAGAUCUCUUCAAGUUUCCUUACUUUGAGGCUAUUUGCUGGUAUGUGGCCAAGAAUCUACUGGAGACUCUGAAAGAAUCUCGAGAAGAUAACUGCCUGCCUCCAGACUAUCUGAUCAAGGGAGUGAAAGCUUUGAUCAGUGCACUAAGGAACUGGCUAAAGAGAGAGGUCACAGAACCGGCCAGUGAAGUCCCUGACCAUAUCAGACCCAACCAUCUCAUUAAAAUGCUCACCAAGGAAAUCCACUACAUUGAGGAGUAUCAGAAUGGGAACUGCGGAAACAAGCUAAUGAAAUCUCUGGAAAGCUCGGUUUGCCCGUCCACAAGGUCAUCGCACGAGAGGGGGUCUCAAGCACGCAGGAACGCCAGACGCCUUCGUGACCACCAAAACAAUCAUCAUCUUCAUCACUCUCAUCACCCUAGAGUUCCCUCCUACCUCGACAUCUUCGAGCAGCACACUCAAGAAGUCUUAAAGCGACUGGAGAUGAGUCCUUAUGAAGAGGAUACCUCCUUUAACACACAGGUCAAUGGCAAGUUCAACAUGGUUUCCACAGCCUCAGCUGCAAUGGCGGAGCGGAGUUUGGUCGAUGAUUUGCGUUUGGUGCUGUGCAAUGGCCGUAUUAUCAGAGAUGACAAGCGGUAUGUGAGAGAAAAUAAGCCAAGGAUAAAGGAAGAGGAGAGAUCCGGAGAUGCAAAGAGGGAUUCGCUCCAGAUUCAUACGGUAGUAAAAGAGGAGCAACAAGAGGUGGAUUUUCGAUUAAAAGAAGAGGAGCAUGAACGCAGUCAUGUCACCAGAGACGUCAAGCCUAUCUCCUUCACAGAUUUUAAAAAAGAGAGUUCAGAUGUCAGGUACAGAAGAUCGAUUCACUCGGAUGUCUCAUCAGACUCCGAAUCAGAAGUACAUCAUAAGUACACCAAACGGAAAAAGAUUUGCUCUGAGGAGGAAUCGGAAAGCUCAUCAGAGGAAGAAGAUGAUGAAAAGAUAGCCCACCAAAAUGAAGGCAAAAGUAGCUCCAGCUUUACGAUGGAUACGAUUCACUCCAGACAGAGGCUUGGUCACUUUGAAAAGUGUCUUAAAAGUGAAUCUUCGCCGACCGCAGAGGAUGAUGCUAUCCAGGGGAUGUUGACUAUGGCCGGGCUGCUGUAUUCUAACCAAUCAGAAGAUCCCACCAGCUCGCAGGAGUCCUGGUGGUCUAGGGCCAAUCAUUCCUCUCCUGACUACAAUAGAAAGGAGGUUGUAUCAGAAGAGGAGAACCAGGAUUCAGACAGCAACUCUUCACUCAGUAAUAAGGAGUUCAGGGAGCGCAAGCAUUCGGAAGGAGAUUUUCAUGCCGAACUCAAGCAUAGGAUCCAGGAACAUAAUAACUUCAUAGACAGUCAGGGAAGUGGAAGCAACAGCAGCAGUGAAGCCUGGAGCAGUCACACACACUCCCCGGCACACGGAGAAAGCCCAACAAUGGGAUACCAAUACUGUGAGACGUCACUCUCACCACCCCUGCACCCCACCAAGAGACCCGCCUCAAAUCCUCCACCAAUCAGCAAUCAGGCAACCAAAGGUAAACGUCCUAAGAAAGGCAUGGCUACAGCCAAGCAGCGAUUGGGCAAGAUUCUCAAACUGAACAGACACAAAUCCUUCUUUGUGUAGUUCCCCCGGUGAUGGCAACGACCCCUACAGAAGAUUUAGGAUGCUAGAUGUGAGAUGUUUGUGCGCCUAUGAGAGUUCAUUCACACAACCACUGAUUUUAAGUGGGUUUAUAGGUGACAGGGUACACGGUGUGCAUGGCUCCACACACAAACAAAAGCAAACAAAAUGCGUGGUUCGUCACUUCAUUAUUGACAAAAAAGCUUUGGAAGAUAACAAAAGGAUUCAGCCAACAUCCCUAUAUUUUUUUUCUUUAAAGAAAGGCGGCCACCAGAAAUAUUUUUGGAGAUGCCAUCCAAAUUCUGGCUGUUCGACAUGGUCCACAAUCACUUCAAGGAUGUAAUAAUAUUUAAUUCAGUCUAAGAUGUCAAUUGAGCGAUUAAAUUAUUUCAUAAAGGUGCUUGACUAGCAAACUAGCCAGCAAGUUUUUUACCUAAAUUAAUUUCUCUACAGUUCAAAAUCAUCCAGCACCUAGAUUACAAAUGUUUUCUUUUGUUAGCAUUUGUGUUCAUCAUGAGCCCUGGGUAGUGUGAUUAUGUUUGGUCAUCUACUGCCACCUAGUGGGCAUUCUGUGAAUGACACCUAAAUGAUGCUUGAUGCAAAUGCAUCAUUCAAAUGAAACAUAUGUGGGCAAAAAAAGAAACAAGUUUCUUUUAAUUUAUUACAUUUCAUGUUGGUGCUUAAUUCCCCCAACUGUUUCAUAUUGUUAUUAAUGGAUGUAUUUAUUAUGAAUGAAAGAGAACGGUGCAUUUUUCAGUUUGUUGUUUAUUAUUAUUUGGAUAUUUGGGGCAGCCAAUGGUGACCUUUUUUUUAAAUAUCAGCUAUUUCUGUAUUGCAUUGUGGAUAACAAAUGUAAUCUUCUAAAAUUUGGUAUAUUAGCCGCAUGUGUUUAAUAAAAACAAGCAAAUAUUUAACCAGAAGGCUUGCCCAAAAUAUUCACCUUGGGUUAUGUUACACCAAUUUUUUUUAUUACUUUAAGGUGUCUUUCUCAUAUAUAAAAAAAAUAAAAUAAAUGGUGAAGCUAGCUUAUAAAAAGUAACAGUGUUACCUUCACUUAUUUGGCUGUUUUUAACUGUUAUUCUAAGUUCAUCUUUUUCUGUCUAAAACACUCUUUGAAAUGGUGCUGUGUUUUGGUUGGGAGGAAAAAAAGACAUUUAAGAUGGCCACAAAGUUUGGGAAAAUUUGUACCUUUUUACAUUUGGCUACUCGUGUUUUUACAAAGAAUUGAAAGAGUAUUUAUUUUUGUAAUAAGUCUUAAUUGACAGAGAGAAUUUUUGCAAUUGUACCAACAGUGUGUAUGUACCACUGUUGAAAAACGGCGACAGCCUCAUGUUUUGUAAAAUUAUAUGUGUGUAAUUUUAAGGGUAGUUUUCUUUGUUCAGUGUGAAAGACCUCAGGUAAUUGUUAAAUUAGAGCUCAAGAUUGAUAAAUGCCAAAAAAAUAUAGUGAUCUAAUCUUACUUUUAUUUAUGGUUCCCCAGACGGCAAAAAAGCUUAUCUGAUCUGCCUGUAACAUUUCAGUGUAUGUCUGUCUGUCCUUGGUAUACUUUUUUAAAUGAUAAUUUUUUUAUGAUACAUCAUUUUUUCUGUCUUCCUAUUUUAUGUUUUAUUUAAAACAUUUUGGCAAUAACACAUUUCAUAGGCUUCCAAUAGUUUUUGGAAUGAAUUCUAUUAACUUUGCAGCUAAAAUGGCAUGUUAAGAUAUAGGAAUGGCAGCUCAGGGCUCACAUGGGGACCGUUUAUUGACAGAAAGCUUUUAAUGUUAUUUAAAGGGCUCAGAAAAGCUUCAGUCAACCAAAAGAUGGACAGAUUUCAACAUGGGAUUACAACACGAACAUGAAUUCAUGAGUAUUGAGUAUUUACUAAAUAUUUUGGGACAUUGACCUCAUCAUGCUGUUUGUCAUCUGCUAAAAUGUUUAAUAAAGAAAUAUUUAGUUUUGAUCGAUAAUACGAAUAAAACCAUUAGGCCACCAAUGUAGCACAUGUCGUUUUUCUCCUAAAUAACAGAUCUUGUUAGUUAUGGUGCUAUUUGUCUGAAUGGGAUUUGGGCCAAAGUGUUGCAGUUGAAACAUUGUUGCUCAGACAUUGUUUAAGGUGAGAUGUUUUUGUUGAGGUUUUUCUGUUUUUCUCACAAAUACUGCACUGCAUUAACCAUGUCCUGCAUUAUUUUGUUACACUACACUGUUUGUUUUGUCAUUGUUACUAUUUUGCUCAACAGAACAUCAUAUAAAUGUGCUUGAAAUAAGUCAAAACAUUGCUGGCCCGCAGGCAGGGUUUGUACCAUGCAGUACUUGUACAGUAUUUAUUUGGCUUUCUCGGUUGUGUUUGCCAUUUUUGGUCUUGCAGUCAAUUAAGUGUGUUUGUUUAUAAUGUGUCUUUACCCUAAAAUUUUUAAUGGUUGUAUAUUUUUGUUGAAUAUUUUGUGACACUGUAAUUCACAGCUAUGGCAAUUUUAAUUUGGAUUUUCAGUUGUACAAUGUGGCCUGUAAAUAUUAAAAGUAUCAUGAUUGCA